AUGGAGCUUGGACAGAUCGUUGUGGCUGAACGUCCUGGUGAGAGGCAGCUGUACACAGAGAAGAAGCCAAGAGCCCAAGACCUGCUGAGGAGAAGCAGAAAUCGGAUCCACCAAGUUUUCGGGUAUCUCUCAGGAGAAAUGAAAGAAUAUGGAGAGUGGAUGAAAAAUAAGCCCCUAAUGGUUCAGCUGGUGGACUGGAUCUUGCGAGGGACUUCGCAGGUGAUGUUUGUCAACAACCCUUUCAGUGGGCUGAUCAUUUUAGUGGGGAUCUUCAUCCAGAGCCCCUGGUGGAUGCUCACGGGCUGUACUGGAACAACUGUGUCGACAUUAACUGCGCUGGCCCUCAGUCAGGACAGAUCAGACAUUGCAGCUGGGCUGCACGGCUAUAACGGGAUCUUGGUGGGACUGCUCAUGGCCGUCUUCUCUGACAAGGGGGAUUACUACUGGUGGCUUCUUCCUCCUGUGGCAGUUAUAUCAAUGGCCUGUCCAAUCCUGUCCAGCGCUUUGGGAUCCCUCUUCAGUAAAUGGGACCUUCCUGUUUUCACUCUGCCCUUCAAUAUUGUGGUGACUUUGUACUUGGCAGCCACAGGACACUACAACCCCUUCUUUCCUACAACUCUCAUCAAGCCUGUAGAGUCAAUGCCCAAUAUCACCUGGUCUGCAAUCAAUGUGCCACUGCUCUUGCAAUCCAUCCCAGCCGGUGUUGGCCAAGUGUACGGUUGUGAAAACCCCUGGACUGGAGGCAUCUUCCUUGUUGCUUUACUUAUCUCGUCCCCACUUAUUUGUCUACAUGCUGCAAUUGGAUCGACAGUGGGGAUGUUUGCAGCACUGAGUAUUGCAUCACCAUUUGACAGCAUCUACCUCGGCUUACACAAUUACAACUGCGCCCUUGCGUGCAUUGCGAUUGGGGGCAUGUUCUAUGCCUUGACCUGGCAGACUCAUUUGCUGGCACUUGCCUGUGCAUUAUUUUGUGCCUACUCCGGAGCAGCUCUUGCUAAUGCCCUAGCUGUGCUCGGGCUGCCGCUCUGCACCUGGCCCUUCUGCUUCUCCGCACUUCUCUUUUUGCUGAUAAAUUCAGACAACCCAGCCAUCUACAAAAUCCCUCUCUGCAAAGUCACCUACCCAGAAGCCAACCGGAUCUACUACCUGAGAAUGAAGAGAAGAGCAUCAGAGAGCAGGAGAGAAGAGCAGAAACGAAAGGAGCAGAAACCCUCCGGCGACUCAAAAAUAAGCACAGGAGGCACCCCCCUGUGCACCCCCAAAACCCCUACAACAUACACAGCCAGCAAAGCAACAGCUACCCCUGAACUCAUCGAAGAGCACGCGAAUAAAAAAGUAUUUGGGGGCCAGAUGCCGCGGGAGCGCGGCAGCGGUACGGAGCCCGCUUGGCUGCGGCGUCAGCAGGGCGCUGCCGAGAGGCCGCGGGGACGGCGCGACGUGGACGAGGGUCAGAAUAUCAACAUGGAAAACAGUGUUGACGUCAAGAUAGAAACCAAGGGGGAAAGAAAGCCAAUAAAGCAGAAUCCACUGAGCAAAGCUGGGAAGAGGGUCUGCAGAGCUGUUGGGUACAUCACUGGAGACAUGAAGGAAUUUGGAGCCUGGCUAAAAGAUAAACCUCUUGUGAUCCAGUUUAUUGACUGGGUGCUGCGUGGCAUAUCCCAGGUGAUGUUUGUCAACAAUCCCCUCAGUGGGCUUAUCGUAGUUGCUGGCUUCCUGGUGCAGAAUCCAUGGUGGACACUCACAGGCUGUUUAGGAACAGUUGUCUCAACUUUAACAGCACUUAUGCUGGGUCAGGAUGGAUCGGCCAUUGCAGCAGGCCUGUAUGGCUAUAACGGGGUCUUGGUGGGAUUGCUUAUGGCCAUCUUCUCUGCUAAGGGAGACUAUCACUGGUGGCUUCUGCUGCCGGUAGCACUGGUGUCCAUGACGUGCCCUGUUUUCACCAGUGCUUUAGGCUCAGUCUUCUGUAAGUGGGAUCUGCCUGUUUUCACCUUGCCUUUCAACUUGGCCUUGACCCUCUAUCUGGCUGCAUCAGGACCCCAUAACCUCUUCUUCCCUACAACUAGCAUUCAGCCUGCAACAGCAACACCAAACAUCACCUGGACGGAUGCUGAAAUGCCAAUGCUCCUGCGAUCUAUUCCAGUUGGGGUGGGGCAGGUUUAUGGCUGCGAUAACCCCUGGACUGGGGGAAUUUUCCUGGUUGCUUUAUUUAUCUCUUCUCCGCUCAUUUGCCUGCAUGCAGCAAUUGGAUCAGCGGUGGGGAUGCUGGCAGCACUGAGCUUAGCAACACCUUUUAGCAAGAUCUACUCCGGCUUGUGGGGCUACAACAGCUCCCUCUCAUGCAUUGCAAUCGGAGGCAUGUUCUACGCUUUCACCUGGCAGACACAUUUGCUGGCAAUUGCCUGUGCGCUCUUCAGUGCCUACCUGGGAGCAACAGUGACUAACAUGUUGUCUGUGUUUGGGGUGCCGUCAGGAACCUGGUCUUUUUGCUUGUCCGCACUGACCUUUCUGUUAAUAACCACAAACAACUCUGCCAUCUACAAGCUGCCGCUCUCCAAAGUCACCUAUCCAGAAGCCAACCGAGCUUAUUACCUGAAGAUGAAGAAACGUCAGAGGUCUUGCUGUGAGGUGUAAAAAACCAAGAAGAGAGAUACGUCGCAUAUUUUAAGGCAAGAGUGCAUUGUGUUUCC